UCACGUCACUUCCUGGAGACUGGCUGAAUCCGGAAGCGAUCCCCCAGGACCGAGGUGCAGCUGAGGACCCCGGCGGCAGGGCCAGCUUCGGGACCAUGAGCUGGAUUCCUUUCAAGAUUGGGCAGCCCAAGAAACAGAUUGUCCCCAAAACAGUGGAAAGAGACUUUGAAAGGGAGUAUGGAAAACUCCAGCAGCUGGAGGAGCAGACCAAGCGGCUGCAGAAGGACAUGAAGAAGAGCACGGACGCCGACCUGGCCAUGUCCAAGUCCGCUGUGAAGAUAUCCUUGGACUUGCUCUCCAAUCCCCUCUGCGAGCAAGACCAGGACUUUCUGAACAUGGUGACAGCCCUGGACACGGCCAUGAAGCGGAUGGAUGCCUUCAACCAGGAAAAGGUGAACCAGAUACAAAAGACUGUGAUUGAACCCUUAAAAAAGUUUGGCAGUGUCUUCCCGAGCCUCAACAUGGCCGUGAAACGGCGGGAGCAGGCCUUGCAGGACUACAGGAGGUUGCAGGCCAAGGUGGAGAAGUACGAGGAGAAGGAGAAGACAGGGCCGGUGCUGGCCAAACUCCACCAGGCCCGAGAAGAGCUUCGGCCCGUGCGGGAUGACUUUGAGGCCAAGAACAAGCAGCUCCUGGAUGAGAUGCCGCGGUUCUACAACAGCCGACUGGACUACUUCCAGCCCAGCUUUGAGUCCCUGAUCCGAGCACAGGAGCAGCAAGAGGAAACCAGGCCGCACCUCCAGCGCCUCACCCUGAUGGGCAGGUCGCUUGCCUGGCGGGCCCAGGUCAGGGACAGGGGCCACAGGUGAAGGCCUUUUUCCGAGGACCCUGCACCCCCUCCCCUCCCUAGUUAGUCCUUCUCUUUUGGUGGAAGACUAGGGGGUGUCUCGACUUUUAGCAACCCUUGGAGGGGUCCCUAAACCCCGGCGAGAGCCAUGCGCAGGGCCCCCGCCUGGGCGCCAGGCCGUGGUGCAUCUUCCAGCGGAAAGGCGCUCGGGUUGGGCGCGGGUGGAUGUGCACCAUGGUAGCACCGGGCCCGAGACCCCAUGCCUCGGGCUACUCAACGUGUGGCUCCUGCCCUCCUUCCCCUCCCCACGUCCUUCAAGCCCUUGGCAGGGAGUGUUCUCCCCAUCUGUAACAGAGAGAAGGUUGAGGUGCCGAAACCAAGGGGUCUUCUCCACGUGGGAAACACCCUCGCCUCCCGCCCGCCAGGUGACUGCAGGUGCUCAGCACUCGGCCACCUUCCCCACCAGGUAACAAAGCUGAAGGCUCAACAUGUCCCCGUCUGCCUCCAGCCCGCCUCGCCGCUGGGCCUGAGUGUCUGGCGCCCUCCAGUGGGCACUCUCGUUCUUACACAGUCCACAAUCACAGAUACCCAGGAAAAGCCUGGUUCCUGCCUCCCAGCCUGUGUCUUCAGAGAACACCAAACCCCAUGGGAAUCAUGGGAUCCGGACACUUGGGAUCAGGACCCCUGAGCAGGUUUAAUGUUGGAUCCGGGACUUGUUAGUGACCGUGUCCUUAGGGGCUCAGGGAAAAUGAGGCAGAGAGCUACGUGCAUAGGGACGUGGAAGGUUCCCAUGCUUGCCCCGAGAGCACAGCCCCUGGAGGUGCGGGCUUCCUUUCAGCAGCUUGGCCUGGGCCGGGGACGGUGUGUUUCAGGAGACCUGUGACUUCCCUGUCCUGUGCCGCUGCCCCCU